AUGCCAAUGAUGACGACCAAUGCGAUAAGUUACUGCUUUGCCAAUUUUACAGAUGUGGAAAGAGAAGAGUUUCAGAGAACUAGCAAAGUAGACCUGGAUACGGUUUAUCACAUAUAUUUUGGUUGGAUUCCGUUACCAGUGGCAUUCUGUGGACUUCUGUUAACAACGCUGCACAUUAUGGCUGUAUAUCAUGCAAUUCGCUUGAAACGAGUUAGCCGAAAAUGUUAUUUAUUAAUUUUAAACAAAUCGAUCGGUGAUAUACUGUGCAGUUGUUCAGCUAUUAGUACAGCUAUCUAUGUUUUGGUUGCUCGGACAAUUAGCAAAGACGUUAUGGCAGCUCUUGAGACGUUCUUUAUUGGUGGCUUUUGGUCAGCAACAGUAUCGUUUGUAAGCAUAAGUAUUAUUAAACUUUAUGCAGUAUGGAGACCAUUUGAAUACAAACAACGAUUUACUAUGAAACGAUGCGUUAGGCUUAUCGCUAUGAGCUGGAUACUGUUUUUGAUAAUGGCUUCAACUACGCUGAUUGUCAAUGCUUUAGUCAAAGUACCGUUGUUGAGUAAAUGGUCCGGAUGUCAAGUGGAAACUUGCUUGAGACAUAUGUAUCGUGUCAGAAAUUCAUUUGUGGUUUUGAUGUACGCAACCACAAUUGCGGCAUAUGUUGUUAUUAUUAUUUUGAUGAAGCGAGCCCUUAUGACUACUCGUUUAAUUCGACAAAGGUCUAACAAGGAAAAACUGUAUCUAAAAAUUAGAUUUCCCAUGUGGAAAUUAUCGUUAAACGUUGGAACUUUUACAAUUCUGAACUUCUUGUACGUUCUUUGGAGCAUCAGUAUCCUGAUUCGACCAAAUCACUGUCAUUUUUUAUUGAACCUGUCAGAAAUGAUGCGUCAACUUGGAAUAAUCAGGUAUUAA